GGGCGUCGUGAUGCAUGUCGUGUACAUUACUGUGUUACUACUGGUGGUGGUGACUGAACGAGGUGAGGCUGUGGGAAUACCGGAGCUCUUCAGAGAUGAUUAUGGAGAACGCCCUAGCAGCUUUAAUGGUCGUCGUGGCCGUGGAGGGGGAGGCACACACGACGGAGGGGCGCUCUUCUUCGACAGACGGGACGACCAUAUAUUCCUAGGAGGGGGAGGAGGAGGAGGAUAUGCUGCUCCAGGUCCUCUGUCUUACGCUGGAGGGCACGGAGGUGGAAGCGUCUUUUCGCCUGUGUCUUUCUACGGAAGGGGACCUGUGAGAAAUUCUCUUGGAAACAGGCACGGAGGUAUCCUCGGCCCUAUCGGUGAUGGACAUGGAGGGGGUGUCGUAGGUGGAAAUAGGGGCCCUAUUGGUGAACGAUAUGGGGGAGGGAAUAGAAACCCCUUUAGUGGAGGAUAUGGAGGUCGAGGAAGUAGACAUGGACGUGGUGGUCGUGGAGGCGUCGUCCAUCACCGCUACGGGUCUGGUGGAGCGACGAGUGUAAAUCACUUCAAUCUCGGAGGUCCUCUGGCAGGUCACACUAGUAGUGGCUCUAGGCUUGCCCAUGGUAGUCCUUCUGUCACCUAUGGCAGCACCCCUUUAAGUGAUCUGUCUGCUGGUGUGUACGGCUCGGGUACAAUAUCCCUACUUGCUCAUUCUCCAGAUUCUAGGGGAUUAUAUGAUGCUCAUUCCCCAUGGGUCUAUGGUUCCAGGAGCUCCCUAGGACCCCUUGACUCGGGAAGGUUUGGUUCUGGAAACCUAUAUGGUCCUUUUCACCCUGUAGGUCCACCAGGAUAUGGAAAAUAAGUCUCCUUUUCACUCCCAAGAUGAUGUAUCCUCUUAUACUGUGAGCAUUUCUCUCCCUCGCCUCGCCACCAAACAUAAUUGCCUCAACCACAAUAUUAUUGAUCACGUGCGACAGCUAAUUCUCUCUCUCAAUGUCCCCAAUGAUGUCUUGAUUAGAUUGAGUAUUAUAUUUGUACAUUAUUGUGUAUGGGGAUUUAUGCUCUCUCUGCCCCUUUUUUUCUCUCUAUUCUUCUUUCUCUUUCUCCCCAAAGAAUUUUGUUUUGUUUUAUUAAGCAAUAUAGUUACAUAGGUUGUAUAUGAUGAUUUCUCUCUCUCUCUCUCUCUUUCCUCUCUGUCUGUCUGUUUGUCUGUCUGUCUUUCUGUUUAUCUAUGCUUCUCUAUUUCUGUCUGUAUCUCUGCCGUUGCCUGUCUGUCCCUGCCUCUUUAAAAAUCCUCACUAGAUCUAAUAGUUCAUAUAUAAUUCACCUCAUAUGCGACCAUUAUUUAUUUUUUGUACUUUUGGUAAUAUAUUAUUAAGUACACAUGAUAUUUCAUUUUGGUUUCACCUCCCCCUGUGGUAAUACUAAGACUCUUCUGACUAAUACUCACAGAUCAAUAGGAAAAUGGUGAAAGUAGUGGUUUAGUUAUGUUAAAAUGCAAUAGCAAAUGAGACACUUUUAUUACGUUUAAAAAAUGAUUAUAGUUU